GCCGGCCCGCGGCGGAUGGAUACAGGCGGGGUGCGAGGCCCUUCCUGUGUGCAGUCGCCUUUAAGUGGGCGCGGCCGGCGGGCGGGUUGCAGUCGCGACGCCGCUUCGGAGUACUUGCACGCAGAACGCUGGUCGGGUCUCCACACAAUGGCUUGCACCUGGGACGGUUACAUUAGCAAUCUCAUGAAGGCUGAAGGUGCCAAGGAUGCUGUUAUCGUGGGCACCGAACCUUUCUCAGUGUGGGCCGCGUAUGAAGGCGGCAACCUCAAAAACAUCCAGGAAGAACAGGUCAAACCACUACUGGCAAACGAUACAGCCAGCAUUUUCACUCAUGGGGUAACCUUGGGAGCCAAGAAGUGUGCCAUGAUAAGAAAUGAAAUACAACUGACUGGCUAUGCAGAUUUGAAGGUCAAGUCCUCAUGCGAUGACGAAAAACAUUGUAUUGCUGUGGCCAAGACUCAAAAGGCAAUAAUUAUACUGGAGGGCUCAAGUGGGCCAAGUUCAGGUGGUAAAGUAAAUAUGAAGACAUUCGAGUUGGCUGAGUACUUGAAACGGAGUGGUUUCUGAUGGCUUUGCUACAACCCGACUCUGCUCCUUGUAUCUUCAUGAGCUUGUCUACUGCAGUUACCCUUUUUAUACUACACUGAAAUGAAAGCAACAUCUUGUUCAGCUUUAAUGCAAUGUUACUCAAUGAUUCUUGGGGUUUAUUUCCAAUGAUUGCAAAUCUAAUGAGAACCACAAGUCAAAUGAUCUUUUAUGUCAAGUGCAGCUGGUGUCAAUAAAUCUCUAUCACCCACAGACAACUGGUUUAAUUUUUCUUUUGCCAAGAAAAUGCCCAGUGUCGACUGCACCCAUGAUUGCUGGGGUUGAGCCACUAGUAACCAACAUAAUGUUUGCAGGCCAUGAUCUGUAGAAAUUGGGAAAUGAGUUCAAGGGCUGUUGCCACUCGGAUGGGGCCACUUGCAGACUAUUGAGUUCAGUUCUGGUUGCCUCGUUACGUGAAGGAUGUUGAAGGUUUGAGAGAAUGCAGAGGAGAUUUACUGAGAUACUGCCUGCAUUAGAGAACAAGUUUACUGAAGAUGGGUUGAAUUGGCUAGGGCAUUUUCUCAUUGGGCAAGAGAGGAUGAAAGGUGGUCUGAUGGGGGUGUGGAAGAUCAGAAAUAGGUUUAAUAUCACAGGUAUAUGUCAAGAAAUUCAACUUUAUGACAGCAGUACAAUGCAAUACAUGAUAGAGAAAUGGAAACAAUUGCAGUAAGUAUUACAGUACCUAUAAAAAGUAUUCACCUCAAGUUUUCAUUUUUUAUUUUACAACUUUGAAUUAAAGUGCAUUUAAUUUGACUUUUUUUGAUGCCAAUCAACAGAAAAAACUCAUUCCAAGGUGAGAAAUGAUUUCUACAAUUUGGUAAAUUUAUUACAAUUAGUAAACAAAAUAACUGAUUUGCAUAAUUACUUGCCCCUUUCAAGUUAGUAUUUAGUAGAUGCACCUUUGCUAGCAAUUACAGCCUGAAUCUGUGGAGAGGUCUCUACCAACUUUGCACAUCUGGACACUGCAAUUUUUCUCGAAUUCUAUACAAAACCGCUCAAGCUCUAUUAGAUUACAUGGGGAUUGUGAGUGAAUAGCCCUCUUCAAAUCCAGCCUCAAAUUCUCAAUUGGAUUGAGUUUUGGACUCUUGACUUGGCCACUCCAGGAUAUUAACUUUGUUUUCAAACCAUUCCUGUGUCGCUUUGGCUUCAUGCUUGGGGUCAUUGUCUUUCUGGAAAACAAAUCUCUACUCCCAAGUCACAGUUCUCCUGCAGACUGCAUCAGGUUUACCUCCAGGAUUUCCCUGUAUGUUGCUGCAUUCAUUUUGCCUUCCAGAGCCUGCUGCAGUGAAACAUCCCCAUGGCAGGAUGCAGCCACCACCGUGCUUCACAGUAGGGAUAGAGUGUUUUUGAUGAUAUGCAGUGUUUGGCUUAUGCCAAGCAUAGUGUUUAGUUUGAUGGCCAAAAAGCUCAAUUUUGGUUUCAUCAGAUCAUAGAAUCUGCAGGCAGACUAGCUGAGAUUUCAUGUGAGUAGUUUUUCUUUUCAACAGUGGCCUUUCUCUUUGAAACAAAUUUGUGACUGGUGAAGUACCCAGGCAACAGAUGUAUGCACAGUCUCUCCCAUUCUAGCCACUGAAGCUUGUAACUUUUUCAGAGUGGUCAGGUUUCUUGGUGGCCUCCCUCAGUAGUCCCCUUUUUGCACAGUUGCUUUUUUUUAGGAUAGCCUGCUUGAUGCAGUUUUACAGAGUGCCAUAUUCUUUCCCUUUCUGGAUGGUUGACUUAACUAUUCCAAGGGAUAUUCAGAAACUUGGACACUUUCUUGUAUCCACCUCUUGAUUUGUGCUUAUCAAUAACCUUUUCACAGAAUUGUUUGGAGUAUUUUUUUCCUGGUAUGUUUUUGCCAGGAUACUGACUUGCCAGCAGUUGAACCUUCCAGACACAGGUGCAUACUUGUGCGAUCAAUUUAUUUUCUGUUUGAUAUUUGUAAUUCAUUUAUAUCACUGUAGAGAUCUGUUUUCACUUUGACAUGUGUUUUUUUUCUGUUGAUCAGUGCCAAAAAAGCCAAAUUGAACCUCACUGAAUUUAAUGUUGUAAAGCAAUUUAAAGAAAAAAAAACCUGAACUUUUGAGAGUGUGGGUAGGCACUAUGUUAAAUAAGUAGUGCAAAAAAUAUAAAUUAAGUGUUUAUGGGUUCAAUGUCCAUUCAGAAAUUGGAUACAGAGGGCAAGCUGUUCUGAAGUGUUGAGUAUGUGUCUUUACUUGUGUCUCCUUUGCUGAUGAUAGCAUUGAGAUGAGUGUGGUGGGGGUCUGGAUACUACAGAGGCUAGUGCCCAUGAUGGAGCUAACUACUUUUAAGAUUCUUUAGCUUACUUUGUUCCUGUGCAAUAGACUGCCCCACCCCAUAGCAGAUGGUGAUGCAGCUAGUUAGAAUGCUCCACUGAAGAUGCCAGCAAACAAUUGCUGGUGACAUCUUGUAGUCAAUCAUUUCAGCUUUUGUUUUCUACUUAUUUUUAUAUUAAUUUUGGUUUUGUAAGUCUGUAGUAUGAUCAAGUGAGCAUAGGCUGAGACAAGACGAGCCAUGAGCAACUACACUUCUUGACAUUUAAAGCAUUGUAGUAGAUUGAAAUAUGGAGGCAAAUGUGGGGAGUGAAUGGUUCUGAGAGAGGCUGCUGCUUCACUUCCUGAAGGGCCACUGAUUUGAGUUGCUGCCUUGGGGGGGGGGGGGGGAAGAGAGAGAGGGUUGCUGCAGGGUCCUGAUGCUUUCAGAUGUUAUCAAAAUACUUAGAUUUACGGAUUGAAAUGCAGUUUACAUUGGCCUCUUUCAGUUCUGUUCCUUUUUCAUGUUCUUGCUCAUUCUUUCUUGCUGAUUUCUGGGCUGGGGGCUUAGGUGAUCUGUUAGCUUUUGUGUGAAGGAGGGGUUGGGGGUGUUGGAUGUUUUUGUUUUCUGUGGGGAGAUUAAUUCUUUAAACUGCUUGUAUGGUUUUCUGUAUGGCUACCUGGAGGAUGUAGCCAGAGUUGUAUUCUGCAUAUAUACUUUGAUAAUAAAAUAAACCUUGAACCCCUCACGAUA